AUGGACACAAAUGGACACCACACCGCCGCCGAUAAUGGCUUCGAUAUGAUUGACCUAAAAGCCCAAUGCAUCCGAUCGAUAGGUUGGGUUAUAAAAACUCGAAUAUACGAUAAUGUUAUUAUGAGUCGAGGAACGGGUGUUUUUGUCGAUCAUCGUCUACUGUUGACCUGUUAUCAUGUGGUCAAACAUAAUCAGUUUGUUUUUGUUCAAUAUGUAAAAAGCUAUGAUAAUCAGUGGUCAGAUGAUUCAGAUUCAGAAUUAGAUUUAGAUUCAGAUUUAGAUUCAGAUUCAAAAUCAGAUUCAGAUUCAGAUUCAGUUUCAGAUUCAGAUUCAGAUUCAGAUUCAGAUUCAAAAACAAAAUCAAAAUCACGACAGAUAUUACAGUUAUGGCCUAUGGGUGUAGGGGACGUCCUAUAUGUCGAACCGCACAAUGAUCUGGCAUUAGUACGGCUCAGGGAUCCGCCAUCACCAAUGUAUAAUACGUCGACAACAAUGCCGUUGACUACCAGUCCAGAGAGUACCGAUUUUGGUUCACCAGUAGCUCUGCUAGGUCAUGGCGGAAACGUACGAUAUGCACUACACCCGGGUAUGGUUAUUACACCCCAAGUCGACAACUAUUUGAUACCCAUUGCCUACUACUUAAGUGUUGUACCCAUCAAUGAAAAACAGCCGAUCAUAGCGCACAGUACUAUCUCAUUGCACGGCAAUUCGGGCGGUCCUGUCAUCGAUACCAAUGGCCAGGUAUGCGGUAUUUGUUGGGGAGGUAUUAUAAGACGUGGACAGAUAUCGUUUGCAAUCGGCACACAAAUAUUGAAGGAGUUUAUGGCCAAUGCAUUGGCCUAUGAAAGUGAUGGUAGAAAGCAUAACCGUCUCAGGAAACGGUAUGAAUGGGACAUUCGGUCCAAUACACGACUAUUGGGUCUGAUUUUAUCUAAACAACCGUUUUCGGGUAGUUUUACUGUACAGACAGCUCUGCCCAGUGCUACAAAUAAUGCAAAAAAUAUUAUCGGCACUAAUGUAUUGAAAAUCGGUAGACAAGACUUCAAUACUAUCGAUAUUAUCCGAUCGGCUAUUGUUAAUGAUAGGGUAAUAACCGUUUGUUUUAGGUAUACGACUGAUGAUGAAGAUAAUAGUCAAACGGGUAGAAAGUUAAGCACCCAAUCCCUUAGCAUCGAUACUAUACCAUCAACUGAUAAUCACGGCAUUAGUAUUAUACCAUUAGUUAUUUGA